AUGUCUGUCUCACUCCGAUUUAUUAACAUCUCAAUUAGUCACUCAAAUACAACAAAAGCUGUCAUCAAGACUCGAGUGAUGGGCUAUGGGCUGCCUUCAUCAGGAACUCGUGUGGCUCUUCUUGACAGGCUGCGAAGUUUCUCAGUUAACAGGGAUGAGUGGAUAAUCCUAUUCGAACCAACAAAGAGGCGAAAACGCGGAGUACACACUGGUCGUAAAGGAAACUCACUCUCCUCGCAACAAAUUCAAUCCCAAUUUGGUGGGGAAGACACAAAUGUCACGCUGUACCAAAGUAAGAAGGGAAUUGACCGCAGGCAAAUUCAGCAUGGCACUGACUUGCGGCCUAUUAAUGGGGCUGUGUUGACAUCACACAUUGAUGGGGAGAGUCAGGACAAAGAUAUCAGAAGUGACAAAGCAACAGUGGAACCACAGGGAGAUAGCGAGGAGGACACUUUAGCACUCACACGUUAUGUACGGUGUUUCCAGCGCAGCCUUUUCAACUGCGUCGACGAAGUUGAGGACAAAAUUGACCAAAUGUUGCGCUUGCACACAAGCACAAGUCCAUCUGUCCCUCCUGAGACAGCAGCAGUCUUGAUUCCACCUCGAUAUUUUGCAUAUGACAAGUCUCAACUGCGAGGUCCACCACUCAUCCACUUCUCUAGGGACAUUGAGAGGCUCUGUUGUGAGUGGGAGUCAUCUGAUCUCCUUACUGUGAAUGGUCGUGGCAUUCCCAUCAAAUAUUGGGGAGAGUUCUUCAAAAAGUCGAAAACUCGCAGUGAAAACUCAGCCUGGGACUCAAUUAAAGUUGAAUGGGGGAACUGGAAGUUUAUUGCAGAGGAAUGGCAGUGUUUUCCAAGCGCUGAUGCAUUUCGGGGAGAAUAUUCGAACGCAACGACCCAAAGUAGACUCACCUACCAGCAGAUCCUCGACCGGUUGACUUUGCAUCGCAAAGAAAAUGCAGCGCAAGAUGCAGCUGAUGCAUGA